CAAGCCCGAGAGGUUUCCCUCCUGCUUCUUCUUCUUCCAGCAGUUUUCUCCAGGCACAGUGACCAUGGCUUCUCCUGCCAGGGCUCACAGGAGUGGACUGCUGGAGCUCAGAAGUCCUGGGGAACGCUGGCUCAGGAUACUUCUUUUGCUUGGGGAAGAGACUCUGAGCUUCACUCCAGAGCCAGAACCUGGGGCCCCAGAAGAGAGAGCAGUAAAUGGGGGUGAAACCGCGGGGGGUGUCCCGGAGUCAAUUAUCAACCUGCGCAGGACAGUGAGGGUCACGAAGCAGGAUGCAGGGGGACUGGGCGUCAGCAUCAAGGGUGGCCGAGAAAAUAAGAUGCCAAUUCUCAUCUCCAAGAUAUUCAAGGGCCUGGCCGCUGACCUGACAGGUGCCCUUUACGUUGGCGAUGCGAUCUUGUCUGUGAACGGAGUGGACUUAUCUGAAGCCACCCAUGAUGAUGCGGUGCAGGCUCUGAAGAAGACUGGCAAAGAGGUGGUUCUGGAAGUGAAGUACAUGAAGGAGAUAUCUCCGUUCUUCAAAGGCUCUAUCUCCAGUGGACCUGUGAGCUGGGAUGGAACUGCACCGGCCCCUCCUCAAAAGAAGAGUUCUCCAGCCUUGCCUCCUCGGGACAUGAAGGAUGGGAAGAGCAUACCACUGAAGAUGUGUUAUGUGUCCCGCACAUGCUUACCUGCAGAUCCUGAGCCCAGGUACCUAGAGAUUUGUUCAGCAGAUGGAAGAGAUGUUCUUUUCCUCCGGGCAAAGGAUGAGGGUACAGCCCAGUCCUGGUUUAGUGCCAUUCACGCCAAUAUCAAUGCUCUGAUGCCGCGGGUCCGAGAUGACGUCAAACAGCUGGUGGGCAAGGAGGUGAAGCACAUGGGUUGGCUGACGGAGCAGCUGCCACAAGAUGAAAAACAGAAACUGCUGGCAAUUCUUACCGAAAAAGAUCUUUUGUUAUACAAUAGUGUCCCCCACACCAGAGACGGCUUCAGUAAACCUGUAUUCUGUCACCCGCUCAUUGCCACCAGACUUGUACAUUCUGGGCCUCCAAAAAGCACCUCAUUGUACAACACAGAGUUGACGUUCGCCCUCCGCUCCGGGACGCAGAAGGGGGUAGAGACGCAUCUGUUUAGUGUGGAGACACAACGAGAGCUGGCCGAGUGGACACGGGCUUUAGUAGAUGGGUGCCACAAUGCAGCUGAACUCAUCCAAGAGGUGACCACAGCAUGUACGUGGGGUGGGAAGGAGUGUGCACUUUCCAUACACAUUGACCAAGGAUUCACUCUGUUUACUGAAGAACCUGGACUAAACAGGGUCAUCCAUGUCCAUAAACCUUUUGAGAGACUUCGGAUGUCUUCUGACGAUGGCACCAGAAUGUUGUAUCUGGACUUUGGCAAACCGGAAGGAGAAAUUCAACUUGAUCUUCAUUCUUGUCCCAAAACCAUCGUCUUCAUCAUUCACUCCUUCUUGUCAGCCAAGAUGUCUCGUCUCGGUCUUUUAUCCUAAGAAAAUGUGCCUGGAGAAGAUAAAGUCAGGACCUAUAUGAUCCAUGCACAAACCCAACAGAUUGACCGAUAGACUAAGGAACUGUGAAAUGCUGGAACAGCUACAGAUUGCCAAACUAACCCCUCUGGUGCUGAAUACUCCGUAAGAUCCAUGGGUGCUGCGUGAACGUCUCUCCCAGCGAUAUAGUGCCUUAUGUGUAGUUUGAUGUCCUUGUCUGGAGGAGGCAGAACGGUUCGUGCCUUCAGCUGAUUUCUACAAUCGAGUGUCCUCGACACAAGCUGCAGGAAUACAUCACAGUCUAUGCCGGAAUCUUAUUUUCAGUCUUGACUUUGCAUUUUGCGGUUUUUAUGAUAAGUAUAUAUAUAGAUAUAUAUAUGUAUAUCCAUACAGAGUUCAGAGCAAAUAUAUUUAAUUUUUAUUACAGUC